GCCACGCCCCAUUGCCAUCCAGCCGGCAGCAGCAGUAAGCACACCAAAAGAGAAAAGAAAUUUUUUUUUAUAUAUAAAAAAAACACACCCCAAAUGAGAGAGAAAGAGGAGGAGAGAUAAAAAGGGCGACAGAGAACAAAGAGACAGAGAAAAGAGAUGAGGGGAGUCCCCUUCUUCGUUCCCUCUUCCCCUUCUUCUUCUUCUUCUUCUUCUUCUUCUUCUACACUCCGCCAUUGCUACAACCCCUUCGUAUCAUGAGCAAAACCCACCGCCUCUUCUUCACCUCCGAAGAAGACGAAGAAGACCAGCUGCGACGACAUGGCCCCCUCCUCUCUCCUCCUCCUCCUCCUCGACCCUCUCUACUGCCAGGAAGACAACGCGGAGCUCGACGACCUCCCGGAUGAAACCGCCACGACGACGACGACGACGACCGCGCUCGCACUAGCCCCGCCGUCGACACAAUCCGACCCCGCCGAAGAAGACUUGCCGGAGCUCUUCGCCUCGCUGCGGGCCAAGGAGCGCCGCGGCGGCGGAGCCGGCGGGGGCCCGGCGGCGGCGGCGGCGGCGAGGGCGGAGGUGGCGGGGUGGGCGGCGCGCGCGGCGGAGCGGCAGGGAUUCUCGGCGCUGACGGCGCUGCUCGCCGUGGACUACCUGGACCGGUGCUUCUUCGGCGUCGGCGGAGGAGGAGGGGGAGUGAUGGCGGCGCGGGGGGGGAGGGGGGAACGGCCGUGGAUGGGAAGGCUGGCGGCGGUGGCGUGCCUGGCGCUGGCGGCGAAGGUGGAGGAGACGCAGGUGCCGCUGCUGCUCGACCUGCAGCUCGGGUCCGUGGAGGAAGAGGAAUUAGAGGAGGAGGAGGAGGAGGGAGGGAGGGAGUGCUGCCGGUACUUGUUCGAGGCGAGGACGGUGCGGAGGAUGGAGCUGCUGGUGCUGUCGGCGCUCUCCUGGAGGAUGAACCCCGUCACCCCGCUCUCCUACAUCCACCCCCUCCUCCCCUUCUUCUCUCCCAAAACCUCCGCCGCCGCCGCGCGCCUGCGCCGCUGCGAGGCGGUGCUCGUCUCCAUCGCCACCGAUUGGAGAUGGGUUUCGUACUCGCCUCGGUUUGGGUGCUGCAGUGCUCUUUACACGUCGGAGGAAAUGAAGUCAGAAUGCUAUCAAAGUAUUCUUGAACAAAAUGGUGGCGAUGUAACGGUCGAAAGCGCAAGAAUUGCAUGCAUUAUUCUCAACCCACUCCGCGCCGCCGAGCCCGACGGCGGUGGUGAGUUAGUUGGAAGCAAAUUUGUGAAUGGAGGGGAAAUGGGUGUUUUGAGAGGGAAAGAUUGA